AUGGCUACCAAGCGGGAAAUCGAAGAUCAAGACCGCGAUACGCCCGAACCGCAGACGAAACGCGCAAAGACGCAUGUUUCCAAAACGCGCCAGCACCAGAACUCUGGCAUUGAUCCGACGUGGGGGCAGAAAUAUGUAUUUUCAAGUAGGAAAGAUGCCACUACCAUACCAGAAGGAGAAGAGUCAGAGUUCGAGGAUGAUUCUGACGCCAUGGCAUACCUGAUGUCUGUAAGACAAGAAGCUUCUUCUAUCCCGCAUCUCUUGGUCGCUCCAAAAGUCCAGAUUGGCCCCCAACUUCCACCAGAAUAUGAUGUAGAGGCCGACGACGAUUCCGAUGAAGAAGAUGGUGAAAUCGACCCAAUAUUCGAUGCUCAUGACACCCCUACCGCACCUGAUUCCAAAGGAUUUUACGAAGAUGGUGCUUAUAUAGGCAUAUCAGAAGGAUGGGGAGACAACGAUCUCGAGCAAGGCGAGGACCUUGAUGAAGAGGACCCUGCUGUUGUUCAGAAGGCACUUAAUGAAGCAUAUUAUGCCUCUAUACUGGGGCAGUAUCGUCGCACUCGCGAAAUACUUGACUCGAAACUACCCGAUAAUGCUGCCAGCCGGCUAUCUGCUUCCCAGGCUACAGAAGCAGCUCCAUUUGGCCGCCAUUCUCCCACCACUCGGCUGUGGACCCGGCUCCUGCAAACUACCGACCCUCAUCCUAUCCAAGUGGCCCUCAUGUCCAAAGAUACUAUCAUUCGAAUUUUGCGUGUAAUGAUUGGCGGCAAAUUCCUUCGUAGUGGACACAGCAUCCCUCAGAGGACGAGUCAAUGGCUGUGGGCCUUACUUGCUAGGCUACCUGAGCUGGGGGAGCUUAACCACACGGAGGUGGGCUGGAUACGUGACUUGGGCCGACGAGCAGUGCUUCUGGGAAGAAGUCUGGCGGAGAUGGCUGCCCUUCGAGAUGAACUUGCAGAUGAUGGAUUUGGCGUGAACGAUAAUGUCGAUGCCAGCAGUAGCGAUGAAGAGGUAGUAGCGGAGGCUGUUGAAGAAGGAGAAGAGGAAGACGGCGAUGAAGACGGCGAUGAAGAGCACGGCACUCCUCCAGCAACUGCAAACAAAACGGCCGAAAAUGAAGUCUUGAACUCAUCUUCUCCAGCUCCUAUCGUCAUCUCUCGAAAUGAAAACGAGGUGCCAACUGGACACGAUGACGAAGACGAAGACGAUGGAGAGAUCAAGGAGACAAACGACGAUAGCGAGGAUGAAGAUGUAGCGAUGGACAUCGCCUCCGAUUCUGAAGCUGACGAGGGUGAGGUUGUCGAGCAAAACGACGAUGCUGUGGCUCUAGAGGAAGCCAAGCGCAAUCUGCUCGCCAGAUUGGCCGAAAGCGAGAACGAACAUCGCCAGGAAGAGGAGAAAAGGGAUGCUAGGAUGAACAUGAGAGCAACCCUGACCAUGAUACUCACAGUUGCUGGUGAGUUUUAUGGCCAACGAGACCUACUCGAAUUCCGAGGGCCGUUUGUUGGUAUGUAA